AUGUCCGACGCAGGCGACCAGAAAACAAAGGAGCAGGCAUCCAUAGAUGAUAAGUUUUUUCCGCCGGAUGCCAUUGUUGAGCGUGCAUACGUGCAAGGGCUAUCUGGCUACAAGGACCUCUAUGAACGUAGCCUGUCUGAUCCUGACUCAUUUUGGAGCGAGCAGGCGGAGACCUUGACCUGGCAUAAGAAGUGGUCCUCCCCGAUUUGCAAGUACAACCUGAACAUAGAGAAUGGUCCUGUGAACAUCUCGUGGUUUGACGGCGCGGAAACCAACAUUUCGUGGAAUGCGGUCGACCGCAAUGUGGAAGCUGGUCUCGGCGAUCGCGUAGCCUUCUACUGGGAAGGAAACGACGAGGGCGUGGAGCGCACGGUGACGUACGCGCAGUUGAAGAGCAUGGUUUGCCGCAUCGCGAACUACCUGAAGUCCGUGGGGGUGAAACGUGGGGAUGACGUGACUCUGUAUAUGUCGUUGGUGCCCGAGCUUCCAGCGGCGAUGGCAACCUGUGCGCGCAUUGGGGCUAUACACAGCGUCGUGUUCGGCGGCUUCAGUGCGGAGGCGCUGGCGGACCGUAUCCUGGACAGCACGCCCAACGUGGUCAUCACGGUAUCCGGCACGAUGCGGGGCCCCAAGCCCAUCCCGCUCAAGGCUAUUGUCGACGAGGCUCUACAGAUCAGCGAAGGCAAAGGGCACACCGUCCACCACGUGUUGAUGCUGGAGCAGCUGCCUCUAUCCGACGUGGGCGGUUCCAUGAAGGCGGGACGAGAUGUGACGUGGCGCGAGGCGGUGGACUCGCAACCCGACGAUUGCCCAGUGGAAUGGAUGCCCGCGGAGGCACCUCUGUUCAAGCUGUACACUUCGGGCUCCACUGGCAAGCCAAAAGGCGUCCUGCAUACGGCCGGCGGCUAUAUGGUGGGCGCCAUGGUGACUACCAAGUUUGUGUUCGACGUCCAACCCGUUUCGGACGUGUAUUGGUGCACAGCCGACUGCGGCUGGAUUACGGGACACACCUACGUUACAUACGGGCCACUGCUGCUGGGCGCAACCCAAGUGAUCUUUGAGGGCGUGCCGACCUGGCCAGAUGCAGGGCGCUGCUGGUCCAUCGUUGACAAGUACAAGGUGACCAUUUUCUACACGGCGCCAACGGCAAUCCGCGCUCUCCAUGCGCGGGGCGACGCCUUUGUCACUCGCUAUUCUCGGGCGUCGCUGCGGCUUCUGGGUUCCGUGGGCGAGCCGAUCAACCCCGAGGCAUGGCGGUGGUACUACGAAGUCGUGGGCGGCGGCAGGUGUCCUAUCAUGGAUACGUGGUGGCAGACAGAGACGGGCUCGCACAUGAUUACACCUCUGCCGGGUGCUACUCCGCUGAAGCCUGGGUGCGCCACAUUGCCCUUCUUCGGUGUGGAACCGGCCGUGCUGGAUGAGAAGGGCAACGAGCUGCAGGGUCCGUGUGAGGGCAUCCUCGUGAUCAAGCGGCCGUGGCCCUCGAUGAUGCGAACCGUGGCCGGCGACCACAAGCGCUUCGAGCAAACGUAUUUCUCCGCAUUCAAGGGCUAUUACUUCACUGGUGAUGGGUGCCGACGCGACUCGGACGGCUAUUAUUGGAUUACCGGCCGUGUGGACGACGUGCUCAACGUGUCCGGGCAUCGCAUUGGUACCGCCGAGGUGGAGUCGGCGCUGGUGUCGCACCCGGUCUGCGUGGAGGCCGCAGUGGUGGCGGUGGAGCACGCCAUCAAGGGCCAGAGCAUUUACGCGUUUGUGACUCUGAUGACUGGCUCCGAGCCCAGUGACGCCCUGCGGAAGGAGCUUAUUGCUACAGUCCGCAAGGUUAUCGGCCCCUUCGCUGCGCCCGACGUGAUCCACUGGGCGCCGGGCCUGCCCAAGACUCGCAGCGGAAAGAUUAUGCGGCGGGUAUUGCGCAAGAUUGCUGCGUGCGAGGAGGACCAGCUGGGUGAUACCUCGACGCUGGCAGACCCCAGCGUUGUGCAGCAGCUGGUCGAGCUGCGUGGAAAGUGA